AUGUCGGGUCCUACCUCUAGACUACAAAACCUGGUCAAUCAUUUACGACCCUCCUCAACAACUCCUACAUCCUCAAAGUCUCCUGGGUCGCCGCCAGCACCAAAACAUCACAUACAUACCCUCUCACCUACAUUUUUUCUCCCUCGCGCAGCAGCCAUUGAACCCGAUGCUCCAGCUAUCCAUCAUGUUACUGCGAACGGACAAACCAUUACACGCUUCUAUCAGGAAUUUGCAGAUCGUUCCCGCGGUUUAGCAUAUUAUCUCAAGAAACACCAACUUUCUCGCAUCGGGAUACUAUGCCCGAAUACCCCAGCUUUCCUCGAGAGUAUUUUUGGGGUGGCGGCUGCGGGGGCUAUACAUGUGGGGGUGAAUUAUCGGUUGAAGGAGGAGGAUAUUAUUUAUAUUUUUGAGUUUGCGGGGGUGGAUUGUAUUGUUGUAGAUAGGGAGUUUGUGGGGUUGUUGGAUGGAUAUAGGGAGAGGAAUCGAGGGGUGAGGAUUAUUGUUGAUGAGGAUACGGAUCAAAAUGAGGGAGAGUUUGAUCGGGCGGUUUUAGAGGGAUUGAAAUGUGAUAGGGAUAAUGGAGGGAAGGGGUGGGAGGGAUUACAUGCGCAAGCUGAUGAUGAGGACGGUACGAUUGCAAUUCCGUUUACGAGUGGGACGACGGCGAAACCGAAGGGAGUGGUUUAUACGCAUCGAGGGGCGUAUCUUGCGACUAUGGGAAAUGUGGUGGAAUCGGGAUUGAAUUUCCAUAAAGGUCGAUGUGGAUAUCUUUGGACACUUCCCAUGUUUCAUGCAGUAGGCUGGACAUUCCCUUGGGCCGUCACAGCUGUUAGGGGUACCCAUUUCUGUCUACGCAAAAUCGACUAUCCUCUCAUAUGGAAACUAUUAAAGACCCAACCCAUCACGCAUUUCAACGCCGCACCUACCGUCAACACCCUCCUUUGCGCCUCCAAAGAAGCAACCAAACUCGCCAAUCCCAUCCGCGUCACUGUCGCCGCAUCACCACCUACAGCCCAUCUUUUCGAAACCAUGACCAAUCUCAAUCUCAUCCCAGUUCACGUCUACGGCAUGACCGAAACAUACGGCCCCAUCACCAAAGGCUACCACAUGCCCAUCUGGGAGAAUCUUCCCUCGAAAGAAAAAUACGCCCGUAUGGCGCGCCAAGGCCACGGUUUCCUCACCUCCCUCAAUAUCCGCAUCAUCAAACCCGAUCAACCCCCCAACGUCCUCAUCGACGUCGCGCGCGACGGUAAAGAAAUAGGCGAAAUUAUCUUCUUGGGAAAUAUCUGCGCGAAAGAGUAUUAUAAUGAUGAAGAGGCGACUGCAAAACUUUUCGCAGGUGGCGCGUUGCAUAGUGGGGAUUUGGCCGUCUGGCAUGAGGAUGGUAGUGCGCAGAUUCUGGAUCGCGCGAAGGAUAUUAUCAUUAGUGGGGGUGAAAAUAUUAGUAGUGUGGCGUUGGAGGCGAUGUUGGUGCAGCAUGGGAGGGUGUUGGAGGCGGGGGUCGUGGCGGUUAAGGAUGAGAUGUGGGGGGAGAGACCGGUGGCUUUUGUUACUGUUAGGGAGGGGGAGGGUGAAGGUGGAGAGCUGAAGGGUGAAGAUGUAGUGAGGUGGGCGAAGGAGGAAAGUAGUAUUAGUAGGUUUAUGGUACCGAAAGAGGUGGUGGUGGUGAAGGAAUUGCCAAAGACGAGUACGGGGAAGGUUCAGAAAAAUGUUUUAAGGGAGUGGGCGAGGGGAAAUUGGGGGGAGAAAUAG